CUGAGAAGGCAAAGAAGCAAAUCUCAGAAAGAUGGAGGAUGACUAAAGAGUUUCAAGAUGGACUGGACAGUGGGAAUAGGGGCAGAAGCAGAACCCUUGGUGAGAUGCUUGCAAUGUCAGACCAUGAAUCUAACCCAGAACACUCAUAUGAUAAGCUGGAUGAGCAGAGAUUGGGCAACAGAAUCAACCCAAUGAUAACUGUAGGAUCCGGCUGCAUGCAGUCUCAGGGUGUUCCUUAUUUGGAACCAGAAAAUAAGCACUUGAUUGAUGGAAACUAUGUCAUCCAGAACAAGGUGAAGAACAGCAUUGAGAAGAACGAUCUAUCUGGACAACAUUCAGUGGCCUCUGAGUUAUCAAGGCAUGAUGUUCUUUUCUCUUCUAAUCAUGUCACACGUGAAGCUUGGCUAAUGCAUAAGGAUCAAAAGAACGAAAUCAACGAUGGAAAUCUGUCCGGGCAGAAUUCUGUGGUAUCUAAGUCAUUCAUAAGUAAUUGUGCGUCCGGGCAUAUGGUUUCUGACAAGGUGGCUGAUGAAAACAUGGUUGUGGACAAGUCCUCCGGAAAUCAUAAUGAGCAUAAUUCUUAUGUCUUGGAAACUUCAAGUCAACGGGGAGUGGGUUGGGGUGCAGGGAGUACAACCAUGGUUGGAUUCUUGGAGCUGUGGACAUUGCUGGUUAACCAGGAAAAGGAAGCAAGGAAUCUCAGAAACUGAUAAUAAUGACACUUCUAUUUGAUGAUGGUACAAGUUUCUGUUGUCCUUGUUGCUUGCCACUUAUUUAUAAUUUUUUUUGCUCUUACAGUAAUUUUUUUUUAGAUAAUAUGAGUUUUCAUAUCAAUUUCAUUGGGGAACAAUUAACAAAGGGGACGCAGCAUUUGGACUACAAAAGUAUCAACACCAUACAAAGGUUCGACAUUAAUUUAUUCCUCGUCAAGCGAACGAAAAAGCAGUGCAACACUUGGUUUAAAUACUAUGAUACACAACUCACUAUAAUACGAUCGUAACUUCUCAAUUAAGACUUAAUAAGAGCUCACAUAGAAGCAAGAUAGAACAAGAAGCCAGAUUUUACCACAUUUUGCAACGUACUUCAGGGAUU